ACCUGGUGUGUAUCAGGGUGCUAUGGUGAGGCGAUGUGCACAGGUUGGCGCAAGGAGAGAUGUACCAUCGUCAGUGGAGGAAGACGGAGAGGUAAAGGAGUGCAUCUUCAUUCAUGGCUGCGCGUCUCGAUCUUGUUCUCGGCUCUGUGGGGCCAAGUGUUCACCCAGUGCCCGGACAGCUGCCACUGUGCCUGGGACACAGCCACGGUGCUGUGCUCAGACGCCGGGCUGCGGGAAAUCCCAGAGGGGAUCCCACCAGAUACUGUCUCCCUCCAUCUGGAACGCAACUACAUCCGAAACAUCCCCCAGAGUGCCUUCAGCGAUCUGGUCCACCUGCGUGACCUGUACCUUUCCCACAACCGCAUCGACUCGCUCGCCUCGGGGGCCCUGCAGCACCUGGGCCCCGAGCUCCGCCUGCUCGACCUCUCACACAACCAGCUGAGGCAGGCCAGCAAGGAGGAGUUCGGCUCCACCCGUGCAAAGACACGCCUCUACCACAACCCCUGGCACUGUGACUGCGCCCUCCAGGAGCUGAUGGAGACACUGUACCUGGAGCCCGAGACAGUGAAUGGGAUUGUUUGUGAGAGCUCUGUGAGGGGGGUGGGUGAGGGCAGCAGGUGGGAGGACCCGGGGUCACAGGGCGAGCACGCAGGUCAACCGAUGGUCAAACUGUUGGAUUCUGGGGUGAAUUUCUGCAGCCUGCAGAGGAAAACCACUGAUGUAGCCAUGCUGGUGACAAUGUUUGUAUGGUUCUUCAUGGUCAUCGUGUAUGUCGUGUACUACGUGAGGCAGAACCAAGCUGAGGCCCGCAGGCAUUUGGAGUACCUGAAGAGCCUGCCCAGCCCACGCAAGACCCCCACAGAGACAGACACUCUGAGCACUGGUUUCUAAACUCCUGCUCAGCUUCAACUUUAAUGGAAUAACAUGAAAAUGGAAUUUUUAUGGAGAGCGACUGAUAAAAUUCCACAACUUGCUAUAUGGAGUUACUGGAAGAUGCUCAUCCAGAGGAAAUGAACCCUUUACAGCUGUCUUUUGUGACUGUAAUAUUUCUUUAUAUUUGUUACAAUUGAGCCCACCUACCACAUUGUUCUUUAGAUUUCUUUACCUAUUAUACUUUUCUCAAUUUAAAGGUACAGUGUGUGGGAUUUAGGGGAUAUAUUGCCAGAAAUGGAAUAUAAUAAGUAUGAUUUCUGUCGCAUAUAGUCACCUGAAAAUAAGAAUAAUUGUGUUUUUGUUACCUUAGAAUGAGCUGCUUAUAUCUGCAUAGGAAGCGGCUCCUUUUCUAUGGAGUCCACCAUUUUGUUUCUACAGUAGCCAGGAAUGGACAAACCAAACACUAGCUCUAGGUAGAGCCAUUUACAUUUGCAUCUCAUGUUUUUGCAUUGGCCACCAUAGUUAGCAGCCCCUCUAUGAUAAUAACGUCAAAACACUGAUUUUUUUAAAUAUGAAAAUGCUUUACUCAGGGUUUCUACCGGUUUAAAUCACAGGAUCCGUUUGUUUUAGAGAGGAAGAGACCUCUGCGGAUAAUUCAGCUCCCAGUCAAAACCUCCUAACUGUCUGGAUCUUAAGUUAUCAGAGAAAAAAAGGGGCGCUCAUGUUGGCAGGUGCUGCAUUAUUGGCCCUUCUGUAACAUGCCAAACAGCAUAGGAGAAACACUGAUUUUUUUAAAGGUGAAACGCCUUUAUUCAGUGUUUCUCCUGGUUUAAAUCACUGUGUCUCUUUGUUUUGGAGAGGAAAAGGCCUCUGUGGAUAUAAACUCACAAGUCAGUCUUUAGACGCUUUGCUUAACUAAAG